AGUGCUAAAACGCAUUAUAAAAAAUAAGAAUAUAUUGAUUAACGUUCUGUACCAGUAUUGAAUCAUAAGUCGUGGAAAAAGUCGUGCUGUUUUUAUAUACAAUACAGACGAUAAUGAAAUUUCAGUAGCAGUUUGAAGCGGUUAUGAAUAAUUUUUUUCUAAUUGGAAUUUUUUAAAAUAAUGUUAAUAAAAGAAAUACCGAUAUAUUCAUUUAAGUUUCAUGCGAUCCAGAUUUCACUUCUUGCCAUUUAGCAUUAUAAAUUUAUUUAAAAAAAAAAAGACUGAAAAGUGACAGCUUCUAUUUGUUACUAACAUACCGAAUCCUUACAGGUAAUAUUAAUUUUCACAGCGGAACUGAAUACUUGCAUUGUGGCACUACCUAGGAGCGAAUAUUUUCAGGGUUCAUCAGCGCAAGCAAAUGUAGCCAGGAUUAAAAAUAAAACUCUCUACGUCUUUAAGUAUGUACAUAUGUACACGAGGGAAAUGUUGGCCGGCCGUCCUCAAUAGCGACGCAGUACAGCCACUGACAACAGCAGAUGGGUCGAGCGUAUGCUUGUUUCAGAGGCUGUUCGCUGGUUCGUCGGUAUUGCGUUAGUGACAAGAGCGCUGCGCAGACGCAACAGCAGUCGGAGAAUCGUAACGAUAAUGAUAAUCAUCCAACAUAACAAUAAUCGUAACAACCUCCCAAAAGUCCUCGUACUGCCACUAGUCGUCAUCAGCGUCGCGGCCGUUAUCGUUGCUAGUAAUGAUCACCGCAUCGUGUUAUUCUAUUUUAUUAGCUCUUGAUGUAAAGGAACAGAAGAAAAGGGAAAAGGCAAAGAGAACCGGGGGAGGAGGGGGCGGGAUGGGGUGGUAGGCGAAACUGUGUGUGUUCGGUGUAUUCCGCGUGCCCACGAUAUAAGCAACUAGAAGAUCACAGGGAUUCAAUACUUGAUCGAAUCAAACGACGAGAGCGUUUAAAGCGGAUUAUUAAAUUGUAGCUUCUCUCUCUCUCUCUGUGUUUGUAUGUGCGUGUGUCUGUGUAUGUGUGUCUCCUCUAGCUUCCUACUAUACCUCUCGCUGCCUGUCGCUAGCAGUAACAAGUCUUAUGGGAGUACGGUUCUGCCAUGAAGCUAGUGCCUGCAGGAUGCGGCUUUUCUGCAGUCAGCCCUUGGUCCGGCGGUGUCCGCACACUUUGUCGUCUUAUGUUCUUCCCUACUCUACUGUAGCUGUUAUUGUUCCUGCAGUUAAUGCAGCAUGGGCAGCGCAGUUUGUAGUGCGUUUAUCUGUUGAACCCAGAGAUCCCGUGGCCUGGGUUCGAAUCCGGGCACAGACUCACAUUGCUUCGUGUUGGGAGCUAGCUACGUAGCCUAAUGUAACAGCUAACAGUUUAGACGUAAAACACGAAGCACAUUUUCAGCAUCAGCAGUAACUAUCGGCAUCGUCAACAUCGGUGUUGUUAAAAAAAACCAAAACGACCGUACUGCUGCAAUAACCAUAAUCAACAGAAAGACAUAAACUGUAACCAUUAUAAGAAUCACCCAGCGAACGAAGUGAGCUGGCUAACGGCAGCUGAGCAUCGAGCUUUUUGACGUGCCUGUCUGUCUGUCGGUCCAUUCCUCCCUCCUUAUGCGCGUUGUCUCGCUGGGUUGAUUUGAAGACGGAAUAUCGCUAUCAUUUUGUUAGAGUUAUUGUUAUGAUUAUCGUUAUUGCGAAAAAAAAAUAUACAUGUGUGUGUGCGUGCGAGUUUGUUUGCGUCUAUAUCUAUAUGAUACAAAAAAGAGUCAAAGGAAAACGAGACGGGGAGGAAGCCAUCACGUAGACAGACCGACCCAGCAAACAGUACGCUGAUACAGAAUUGCGCAGAUAGCCAUACCAACAAUUGUAACAGCAGCUAGCAACUCAACUGCAUCACACGGGCAAGCAGGCAGACCCUCCUGCUCGACUACAUCCCUCAACAGACAAAUUACAACUCGAUGAUGGGGCAUAGACGUCGUCAUCGUCCGUGGUGGCAGCAGUCGAUCGACAACGAACCAACGAACGAACCAUCAGUGGCCACCGCGUCGAACGGCGACGUCGGUGCUGUUCUAUAAUCGUCAUCAUUUUCAUAGCAAUAAUAAUAACCAUAAUAAUAAUACUGGUAGAAGUGAUGGUAGCCGCAUCCGAGCUGGAGAUAGUACUAGAAGCUCUAGCAGCGGCAAAAGCAGCAAUGUUGCUAGUCGUUGUUCUAUAGUAAAAGUAACGAGAGGAAGGGUUGGCCGUUGCUGGUCGACUACUAGUCAGUCGGUCGGUCGGUCGGUUGGACGGACGGACGGACGGACGGACGGACGGACGGACAGACGGACAGACCAACCGCUGGACCAAGCUGCCGACCGUAAUGAUAAUGAUCGUAAUAAUCAUAAUAAUAAACAACAUUAUUGCCGUCUGCCUAGCUGCCAGCCUGCCUGCCGGAGGCAGAGCGCGGCCUUAUGCGAUGCCAGCAAUGGCCAACGAACAUCAGACAGGCAGAACAACGACGGCCCCACAGCUCGAGUCGAUUGCACCAGCAGCAAGACUAGCAGUGCUAUUGGCGCCGUUUCAUGUUCGUUCGUUCAUAGCCCAGAGUUUCUUUGCUUCUUAGAGUCGUAGCGGUCCCUUGCUGCUUUGCCGGAUUCCGCUGCCGUUUGCCGUGGCGUUAUGGCCCGUAGUAAGAAUGGUGGUGGCAACGGCGAAGAACGCAAGAAAAACCGAGGGGAUGAAUGUGCAGCAGGAGCAGCCCUAGUAAUAGUAGCGGCGAUAUUGCUAGUAGUGGUGAUGGAGGUGUAAUGGGCAGGGCUUUUCGAUGGAUAUCAGCAGCAGCAUGUGCCAUCUCGUUGCUUGGUUUGUUCUCUUAGUCUCUUGGCCAGUUUUUCUCUCUUUCUGCUUCCGUCUUCUUGCCACCACUCGCCUCUACUCUUGCUCGACUCUAUCCGAACGAGCUGUCGGCGCUCAGAGCGCUUGCCUGUUCACUGCCAUCGACUACUCCGUUGAUGCCGUAACGUAAGCGACCAGGCAAAUAGUGGUCGUCAUGGUCGUAUGGCGCUAGUAGUAAGCAGUCGAGUCAAAGCAGUUGCCACAAUUCAAACCGACCCUUUGGCGGGGUUAUCAUCGCGGAGUCGCCCUAGGGACAAAGCUAGGGAUAUUGGUAACGUCUAACAGCUAGACUCCCUAGAAGCACACGCAUGAUACACAGAGCGGAGUAGGGAACGGUUUGCGCGCAACAUCGCGAACCGUGCACAGAACGUGUGCGACACAUCUGAUCAGUGGCAUCUGUGAGUACGCGCAUCGUGCACUGAUAGUGACAUAUCGCAUUUGUUCGAUAGUGCCUGCCGGAUUACAUGUUCACGCUUCAUGGGCAUACAGUAAAAUAUGGCACAAAAUGCCUGCUCUGAGUGCUGUUCUAUUUCUGUAUGUGUGUGGUGUCGUGAAUAUCUCUCACAUAGCACACUGUACGGUAAAGAUGUCAGAUGGUGCGAAUAGAUGUCUCUAGCAUAUCCCUAGAUUGUCCCUAGGGUGCUUAAGGUGUAUGUACAUCAACGAAACAAGAACGUCAACCCACUGGAUGUACUACGGCUGUUGCGGGCUGGCGACGUCCUAUAUGUCCGAAGAACGGUCGAGUUGUCCUGUCUUGGUCGUUGGAUGUUAGCGUACCACCACACAGACGAGUAGUAUAGUUAUUCUUCUCCAUAGAGCGCUGCUACCGCAGUAUUAGGCGGUCGGAGCGGGUUCGACAGGAGGAGAGCUUCGUAUUGAUGCUGCGACUGUUCUGCUCUUGUUCGCCUGGUGUGGUGCUCGGCGGGGCCUUCGGACGCGCUCGCAGCGCCCCCUGGAUGGAGAUGGAAACCCAAUCAAUCAUUGAUUGUAAGAUGGACGCCACUGUCGCUAUGGCUUGGCUGCCACCAACGGCUGUAUAAUAGCAGUAGCAGCAAGAGAGCAGGCCUUUGACCAAAGGCGCUCGUACCCUAAUCGAAUUUUUUUCCCCCUACGGUAAUCAGAAUUUUUUCACUCAAAUAAGUAGUUUUUUUUUAGCCAGACAACAGUGUUCAGCCCAUGUGUGUAUUGUGUUCUGCUUGUGCAGAGCAACAGUAAGAAGUGUGUGUUCAGAAGCGCGCGUAGCGCUCCGAUCAUUCUGUGAGUCCGCAAGUAUCUCAAAUUUUUCUACCCAUGUAGAUAGUUGCUUGGGCGCGUCUUUUUGGUGCGCGCGUUUUGUACGCGUACGUUGGUACGUUGAAGUGGCCGGUGCGUAUGUGUUUGUCAAGGAAAACGACAGCGAUGACAUCAAAUGCAUCGUUAUGUUCGUGUGUAAUUAGCAGGCAGAAAUCGUGUCGAGUGCCAUCUCUGUAUCGCGUUCAUUUUCUAUCUCGAAUACAAAAGUCAAUACAGUAUCAGUCACAUGCAGGUGCCUAUCAGUGUUUCGAGUAGAUGUGCACGCUGGGAUUAUCGCAAAAGUUCUCGAUCAGAAAAAGUGAGAAGUGUGAGGUGAAGAAUAGAAGAGUCCAAAGAAGCUCGUGUCGUGUGCGUGGAUGUUCUGUUCAUUUCGUGAGAAACUAUCUCGCCAUCGUUGCUUUCAUCUUUUCUGUAGUGUGAGUAACUAGUAAUGUAUUUUCUAGUCUAAGUGCAGAAAUAAGGGAAAUGCGAACCUUGCAGAAGGAUAUUGCACGAGAUGCAGUUUGUGCACACUUGUAAUUCAUCCCGAUAUUUAUCAAUAAAGGAACUUAUGUCCUACACGGUCCAUAUAUGUGAGCCGUCUGCUGUGAGAAACCGGUGUAUAAGAAUGUUCGGUACUAUAGGUGCUGUAGCUUAAACAUUAUUAAUUGUCAAUCGACAAUUCAUCGACCUCUUUUCCUUGUUGAUUUCCCACUGCUUUUGUGCGUUCACGAACGCCUCAUAUCAUAGCGGGCGUACGUGAAUUCUGCACUCACAACCAUCAUCAGUAGGUCAGGUGAACAAGUGUGGUGUUUAAGCUCUAAGCGGAAAUUGUUAUAUGUUUGACCAAUGAGUUUGUUAAAUUUUUAAAACUUGAAGAACGAAAGGCGAUAAUCAGGGAGGAAGACGCAGUGGCUGGUGCAUUUAUAUGAAUGCAAAUAAGCAAACAUCGACGGAACCUGCCGCUCUACGAAUGCGUGAAAAGCCGACUUUCAGCGAUACUCAGCGGGCUCUUAUGGAAGAAGUAUACAGAAGAAGUCCAUAUAUCGACAAUCAGGCGCGUCAGGAGAUCGCCUCUAGGAUUGGCAUCGCUGAGGAACAGGUCAAGAACUGGUUUCAGAAUCGGCGUGCUAAGGAGAAGCAAAUGCUUCGCUGGAGAGAAAAUGGAGCCUCAACGCCUGCACCCCCUCCAACCCCCGUACCACACAGCGCUUUGACAGCUCAAGCGACGGCUGCAGCUGCUGCCGCAGCUGCAGCUGCAGUAGCAGCUGUUGCGUCGUCGCAUCAACAAUCGACGUCCUCGUCCCGAUCAGACGACGAGAGUACCACGAAACAACAAACGAGUUCACAGCAACAACAGCUGCAGCAACAGCAGCAACAACAACCACAGCAACAGCAGCAACCACAACAAGAAUCACAGACGCAACAGCUGCAACAUUCACAGUCAAGGGCGCUCCAUCAGUCGCACCCGCAAGCUGGACAGGGCCAAAGUAGCCAAAACCAAACACAAACACAGCAGCAACAGCAAUCUCAGCAUCAAGGCAGCCAGUCGCAGGGACAGCAUCAAGCGUCUCAGCAACAAACACAUCCGCUUCAGCAGCACCAGCAGCAACAGCACCAACCGCAGCAACAGCACCAACCGCAGCAACAGCAACAAAUCGCCCCAGCAUCACAACAGCAGCGUGCCGGAGGAGCUCAAGUUGGCGGAGGAAUGUCCGGCGCUCAUUUAAACGUGUCGCAGGCCUCGACAGCGGCCUCGCUGAUGCAGAGUUUGGCCAACUCGAGCGGCUUCUCCGGAGCAAACCCCUUGUCAGGGCUAUCGCCCGCUGCCAGUUUACCAAUGAACCUUGCAGCAAACUUGCCAGCAGCCCUGUUGCCGAACUUUCAUGCAAACUUGGCCCAUCUAGAGAGUAGCUUGCAUUCGCCUUAUCCUCGAGAAUGGCCGCACAGGCAGCUCUAAUUAAUUUAUGGAACAAUGUCUAGUAAUACUGAGGUAUAUAUAUAUUAAUGUGAGCGAUAUCGUCACUUAGCAUUGCGCAUACAUUAUGUAUCCACUGAGGAAUAACAAUUUAUGUCUAAAUGCAGUAGAGUGUACAUAUGGUAUAAAUCGAGAAAAAAAUUAACGUUAACUGUAUAGGAUAAGCAUAUAUAGACAGGUUACUCUCACCGGCAAAAGCAGCUGUCUAGGGUAAAACACAUGUUUCGCAUCCAUAUCGCGAAUCUAGAAUUCAGUCGUAUUAACAAUAGCUUCGUAGUCCCUAUUUAACCGUGUAUUCUCUCCAAUGUAUAUGUAGAUGGUGUACAUUUUGAAUUUCUGUUAACUUUCCAUCAAUGUACCAUAAUAGAUUCCUUGAUUUUAUGAUUUGGCCGAGAGUGAAGAAGAAGUCAUAUAGACGGUUCUGUUAUUUUGAACUUAAAUCAUCACAAUGCUAAUGAUAUAACCUAAAUGAAGCGGAUACGAUGGACACACACACACACAGUCACAAAUGAGGGAAAGCGGGGAACGAACGAGAGGCAAAAGGAUGGGGCUACGUGUAUCAUAUUCCUAUAGGUUAUUAAAUUGUAUGUGCAUUCCAUGAUGUGAUUAAUUAAUAUUAUUAACGAUAAUAAAAAUUCUAAUUACUGCGAUAAGUUGCGUAGUCUGGCAGGCAGCAUUUUCUGUCUGCGAGCAUCCUCAGCAUUCGCUCAACUAAUAGUUAUUAUAUGUCUGUUUUGGCAUGUGCGUUUUUGUCAUGAUUUUGUUUGGCAAUGCAACUCAACUUAAAAUGUACGUCGUUUUGUAACAUUCUGCUGUACGCUGCAUGGUCCGCAAGUACAAGAAAUACAAGUUCCUUUGUAGAUGUGGCCUACGUAUGAUAUCGACAACUCGUUCUAGAGAAAAAGGACUGGGGUUUUACGCAGAAACACAUAGAAGUGCUAAAGGAAAGGUUGUGUUAACCUGAAUGAUAUCUCGUCCAAACAAAAAAUCAAAUACAGAAGAGAGUACCUCGCGUCUGCCAGCCAGUGUCGACGGCUGCUAUAGCUCGCACUGAUAUAACUCAUAUCGAGAAAUGCUGAAGAAUUCAUAAGGUUAUUAACAACAAGAUUCGAUGAAGGUUAAAAGAGGCAGUAAAAAAGAGAUUUCAUGUUAAACCAAGGUCCGUUUUAACCGUUUUUUCCAAAAUAAAUAUAAUUUUAGGUUGACAUUGAGGUAGCUUUCAAUAUUAUGUGAUCCUGAGGGUUUCUCUUUGCCUGGACCCUUUAUCAUUGAGCAAAUACGACUACUUAUGUCUAAACAAUACAUAAAUGUGUUAUUAUCUAGAAGCUUUCAAAUUUCUGAGCAAUACCACCCCAUGUCGUUCAAUAGCUCUCCUGCAGUCUAUUAAGGGAUCAUUUAAUAUUAAAUGCAAUAAUGUCUACAUAGCUAUAUUAAAGCAUAGAACGAUUACUGCUUAAGCACUA